AUGGAAAUCACUGAACUUGUCAACAACAAGGAGCGCUUCCGUCGCUUCUACUGCAGUUGGAAGACCUGCGAGAAGGGAUUCAACCGCAAGUCGGACCUUAUCAGACAUUUCCGAAUCCAUACCAAUGAGCGGCCGUAUCCAUGCCCAGCACCUGGCUGCGAGAGGAGUUUCAUCCAAAGAAGUGCAUUGACUGUACAUCUCCGUACGCACACUGGUGAAAAGCCAUACGAGUGCCAAUAUCCUGGAUGCUACAAACGGUUCGCAGAUUCGUCGAGUUUCUCGCGUCAUCGUCGGGUGCAUUUAGGCAAGCGUCCGUAUACAUGCGCUAUUGAAACCUGUCGUAAGAGUUUCUGUCGCAAGGUGGCUUUGAUUCAACAUCACAAGAUCUACCACGAUUCGACGUCCGGGGAGGAAUCCGACGCGUCUUUGGAGGAACUCACCAACACUUCGAAAGACGACAGCCCCAUGACGAGUCCGAUUUCAAUGCCAGAGCAUGUUGAUAACGAUACGACGAGCCCCAUGCAAACGAUAGCGGACCGUCAAUCUUCCCCUGACUACAUGCAUCACACGACACGCCAGCUCAAUAAAUCGAAUGAGCUGUUUUACGAGAGCCAAGCCAGUGAGCAAUUGGCAUUCCCGACCAUCCAACCGGAGUAUGAGUACGAAGAGCCACAGGGCUUCUAUCAGGACCCUCUCUACUCGAGCUGCAAUGAGGAUGUCGUAUAUCAACGGUCAAAUCCCUCCUGGAACUUCUAUCCGUCUCCCCAGUACUCAGCCUGCGGGUGCAACCCACAUCCAGCAAAUGUACCUUGGAGUCCAGCGGUCUUGGCUGGCAACGCAGAGGUCGGCAACGGGACUGGAUACCUGCUUGCGCAAGAUCACGCGCCUUCCAUGGUCGGCUUCCCUCCAGCUAUUAUACCACGCCAUGCCCAGAAUAUUCAGGAGGCGGAGUGGCCGAGAGGUCAGGUGUGGUACAACGACGGGAUGCAAAUGUCUCCCGAGUUUGGCCCGACCAGAAUGACAGACUCUUACAGAUUCGACUGA